AUGGGUACAAAAAACCAAACUUAUCUGACUGACUUCAUUUUGCUCGGCCUUUCUUCAGAUCAGCAUACCCAGAUCCUGUUGUUUGUGUUAUUUCUCAUCACCUACCUACUGACUAUGCUUGGAAAUCUGCUCAUUAUGGUGCUACUUCACUUUGACUCUCGGCUUCAUAUACCAAUGUACUUUUUUCUUAAAAAUCUGUCAUUUGUUGAUCUAUGUUUCUCUACAGUGAUUGUUCCCCAGAUGUUAUUCCACCUUCUGUCAAUAAGAAAAAGUAUUACCUUUAUUAGAUGUUCAGUUCAAAUGUUUUUUUUCCUCUUAGUUGGGUGUACAGAGAGUUCUCUUCUAGCAGUGAUGUCCUAUGACCGCUAUGUAGCUGUCUGCAAACCUCUGCACUACUCUACCCUCAUGAACCAAAGAAUUUGUAUUCACCUAGUCUUAGGAUCCUGGGCCUGUGGAGCACUUGUUUCUAUAGUGGACACAUCAUUUACUUUAUGUGUCCCAUACCGGGAACAGAAUGUAAUUAAUCAUUACUUUUGUGAACCCCCUGCACUUCUGAAGUUGGCGUCAGAAGAAACCUACAAAGCUGAGAUGGCCAUCUUUGCAAUGGGUGUGUUAAUCCUCCUAGGUCCUGUCUCCCUUAUCCUCUUCUCCUACUGGAAUGUUAUCUCCACAGUAAUGCUGAUGAAGUCAGGAGAAGGUAGACUUAAGGUCUUCUCUACUUGUGGUCCCCAUCUCAUUGUUGUUGUUUUGAUCUAUGGGUCAACAAUAUAUACCUAUAUGCAGCCUAAUACUAAGAAAAAAAAUAAAUGGGAUAAAAUGGUCUCUGUAUUCUACUCAGUCAUAACCUCCAUGCUAAAUCCAUUUAUAUACAGCCUGAGAAACAAAGAUGUGAAGGAAGCAUUUAAGAAAGUAUUUAGAAGAUAG